UAUUUUUAUAAAGAAAGUACUAGUUAGUAGUUACUAGAAUCAUAAUAAUAAGUCUGAAUUAAUUUCCUUUCCUUAUAUUUUUCAAUCCAUAUCUUCACUUACAAUCUAAGCCUCACUUGAGUUGCCAUAUAUUUAUAAAUUAUAAUUGUAUAAAAAACAUAUAUAGUUAUUAUAUAUGAUGCCCUAAGAUCGAUUGAUGAUAUCAAAGACAGCGUGCUAGAGAGAAAAAGAGAAAGAGAAAGAGAAAGAAUGAGCUCAGUUUGCAUAUCAAGUUGCAUAGAGGAUGCAAGGGUACCAACAGCAAGAGUAAGAGCAAGCUAUGUGAAUCUUUACAAGUGGCCAGAAUCUGAUGCUGAGUUUGUAAGAUCAGUAAGCUUUCGAGGUCCCGGUCACCCGAGGCCGAAAGUGGUGGAGAGUAUAUCAUGUAGGCAGAUAUACUUAAGAAGCUACACUUUUACAAGGAAACAGAGUGUGAAUGAAAAGACAAAAAAGUGUAUUGGGAGAGUCAAACAAAGAGUUGUUAAUGGUGGUGGUAAGAAGAGACAACAACAACAGCAACAUCAUAAGCGCGACAAAUCAGUCAGAAAUGUUAAGGAAGUUUCUUGUUCUGCUCUUAAAUCUGUUUUUAGAAAGUUGCUUUUUUGUUCUGCUAGUGUAGAUGUUGUUGAUUGUUGAUGGCCUUGAAUCAUACAUGCACUUCUAUUGUAACAUCAACUUAAUUCCCUUCCCUUCCCUUCCCCUUAAUUAUUUACCUAUAUUCUAUUUAUCUAUUUAUCUAGAAGAAUAUGAAUGUUUUAUUUGUUUU